CAAAAACGCACCGUUUUGUUUUUGGGUGGUGGUGUGGUUUUCACUUUUCAGGUUCCCAAUUCUCAAUUCUCAAUUCUCUCUCUUCUACGAAAUUUGAAAGCAUUGAAGCCCCCGGGAGAAAGAAAAAACUGUUUCACCAAACUCUAAAAAGAAAGAGAGAGUGAGAGAAAAAAAAAAAAAAUUAGCGAGAUGGAUCCGGAUUCAGUGAAAUCGACCCUGAGUAACUUAGCAUUUGGAAAUGUUAUGGCCGCCGCUGCUCGUGAUUAUCAAAAGGAAGUGCUUGCUCAAGGGAAGUCACAGGCAUCAAGUUCUGUCAACCAGGAGGUCGACCUUGAUGAGUUGAUGGACGAUCCCGAGCUGGAAAAAUUGCAUGCUGAUAGGAUUGCAGCUCUCAAGAAAGAAGCUGAGAAGCGAGAAGCAUUAAAGAAGCAAGGGCAUGGAGAAUACAGGGAGGUUACUGAGGGGGAUUUCUUGGGUGAAGUUACUGGUAGUGAAAAAGUGAUUUGUCAUUUCUACCAUCGGGAGUUCUAUCGCUGCAAGAUUGUGGAUAAGCAUUUGAAAACCCUUGCACUAAAGCAUGUUGAUACAAAGUUCAUCAAGUUGGAUGCAGAGAAUGCACCCUUCUUUGUUGCUAAACUAGGAGUCAAGACCUUGCCAUGUGUCAUUCUUUUCAGAAAAGGAAUUGCAGUAGAUAGGCUAGUUGGGUUUCAAGAUCUGGGAGGAAAAGAUGAUUUUUCCACAAAGACGCUUGAGGCCCUACUAAUAAAGAAAGGUAUUCUUAUUGAGAAGAAAGAAGAUGCAGAUGCAGAGGAUGAUGGUAAUCAUGAAAAUAGGCGCAGGACAGUGAGAUCCUCUUUGAAUCCUGAUUCUGAUUCUGACUGAAAAAUGGAAGAACUGCAGAUUUUCUAUCUGGAUUCUUAGUUCAGGUCACUUGGGGAGGCCUGGGGUGGGGGAAGGAUCCUAGAUAUUGAGAGAAUUUGAGAUGCUUUUUAAAUGCAUGCUUGUGUUGUUGUAGUCACUUCUUCUUCAUGUGAAUUUAUUCCAGCGUGUUCUUUUUGAACAAUGAUUACUCAAUAGGCACUUUGACCAUUUAUAUCAACUGUUGAGCCCUA